GGAACCAUACACCCUAGAAAGAAAGGGAUAUCGGUGUGUUGCAAAGCCCUACCCAAGCAAAGUAAGAGUUGACUAUUUUUCGCCCAAGGAAUACUUCACUUUCUCAUUCCAGCACACUCCUGGGUAAUCUGAGGAAUGUAGAAGUAAGUUAUGCAGCACAAGCACAACCCUGCUUUUCCAUUCCUUCAUAGCCCACCUCUUCAUUGGCCAUAAAGCCUUGAUUUCCUUGGACCACGUACACUGAUGAUUGGUCGGGCUGGGCUACUCUAUGGGCGUAUGCGCCUAAACCAGGCUCAAAGCGAUGAGACUUCUCGGUUAGACUCAAACAAUAGAUCAGGUCAGUUUGGAGGAGCUUUAUUUGACUCGGUCUCUAAGAAGAAAGGGCAGCCCUCUGAUAUAUCUUUCGACUUCACCCUCGGCCAAAGCACAAUGCCCAAAAUAAAGCUUUCGCUCAAGGGAUAUCGCUUCAUUUACUGCGUUAGGGUGGUGCCAAGCCCUUCAUCUCUGGCUAAGGCUCAGUCAGAUAGGCUCAAUAUCGGGCUUAUCCGGCGAAGUCUCAAACUCUGUUGUGCCAGGGAUAUCAGGCUUGAGUUGGGACAGAUAAGCAGCCAAACGAGCAGAGCAGUAGAAGGACAGCACUUUUCCUUUGUCCGAUCGUCCGUCUCUUCCUCUCCUCUUGGUCGAGUUGCUAAAGCACCUAUCUUUCUUUGUUGCCUCCGGUGUGCUACCGAGCCUUUCCCAGGUGCUGAGUCCAGCACAGUUGUUCCUUUGUUACUGUGCCAUUUCGAGACCUUCGUCCGAUCAUUGCUUGGCGUUGUUUACUCCACCGUGCUAUCUUUGUGCUGCUAAUCAGUAUAGUAUAUUCUUUGCAUACUGCUAUCUUUGUGCUAAUCCAUUUCAGUAAACGGGAAAGUGGAGGAGUAAUGAUUGGUUCCAUCAAUCUUAUUAUUUCCUUUGUUUUGGCUUGGGUUUCUUUCAUACGAGUAAUGCUAUUUAUCAAUCUUUGUGUUCAUCAGUAGACUCUUCAGCUCCUGGCUCCUGAUCAAUCUUCCACUCUGCGCCUGCUGCUGAUCCAUGUCAUUCAGAUGUUCCUCGUCCUGUUGAUAAAGCACCUUUGCACCUUUUCCUCGAGGUUGGGGUUUUCGGUAUGCUUACAGGGGUUUUAGGGCGGAGUAUGAGCGUGUUGUUUAUUCAUCGGCACCUUGACCUUGACUAAUCGACGUAAA